AUGAAAGAGACAGAGGCUGUUGCGGGCAUCGAUGGGACAAUCAUUUUCCCACUAGUAGACCCCACACGGAUAUUGCAGCCGCACCGCGACGCCCUCAUCCUGUCCCUGGAGAUGGGAGACUUCGACAUGAGAUGCAUCCUAGUUGACCCAGGCAGCUCGACCGAUCUUGUACAAGCAUCGGUAAUUAGCCACAUGGGACGCAAUCUAACAGGCCUCGAAAACCCUGGGCGAAUUUUGUCCGGAUUCAACGGAGCGGCAACUACUUCAUUGGGAGAUAUUGUACUGUCGGUCCAAGCUGGCCCAGUCACUCUCAACGUACAAUUUUCGGUGGUACAAGAUUUAUCACCCUUCAAUGUCAUCUUGGGGCGCACAUGGCUACACUACAUGAAAGUCAUCCCCUCUACGUAUCAUCAAAUUGUAAGCUUUCUUACCGAGGAUGGGCAAAUCGACCUAUACGGCAGCCAGUUAGCCGUUCGCCAAUGCUAUCAGAUAGCACGAGAAGUAGGGACCAGCCAGGAGGAUAAACCCCUCCCUGAGUCCACCCGCGCACUUGACCAAUAG